AUGGCUGAAAAUGGUGAGGGUGGGAGCAGCAACUCGAAUAUCCCGUUUCCUGCUGGCGGCCUGAUGGAUACCAUUCUUGCCACUACCGGCCGUGUCUCGCCUCUCACCCAGCUUCUUCACUUUCUGUAUAAGCUUCUGGGUACACAGUUUGGCCUUGAUCCGUCAAUGAUGCUGGCCGUAUUGGGAUUCAUCUGGGGCGCUUUCAAGAUUGGAUCGCAGGUUCACGACUUCCUCCGGCGCAUCAAGAACAGCCAAUAUCUCAUGGCCCAGACUGUUUGGAAGAGUGCCUGGGAAGAAGAAGAAGAGCUGGAAGGUGUUCUGUCCUGGACGGACGGCGGCGAAGUUGACGGCGGCAACAGAGUGUAUCUAAACUUUGCCAGCCAUGCGGCCAGAUCGAGUCCUAGGUUUGUUCCUGCUAUGGGGUCGACAUCAUUCUGGCACAAGGGGACGUAUUUCCGUGUACUGCGGAAAAAGGAGUCAUUCGUCAGCACUCGUUCUUGGGGAGGCCCAAUGAAGGAUCUUGAGGAAGUCAAGAUCUCGUGCUUCGGGCGUUCCAUAGAUCCAAUCAAGCAGCUGCUUUCGGAUGCCAAAGCUCUGUACUAUAACGACACUCGUCAAAAGACCACCAUAUAUCGCCCCAGGGUCAAGGAGCAACGAAGAGACCAUAAUAUGUGGCAGCAAGUGGCACGACGGCCUGUGAGGCCCAUGUCCACGGUUGUACUCGACUCGAGUGAGAAGCAUGACAUUCUAGCCGACAUCAACGAGUACCUGCACCCUUGGACACCGCGGUGGUAUGCGUCUCGUGGUAUUCCGUUGAGGAGAGGCUAUCUCUUUCAUGGACCUCCGGGAACUGGGAAAACAAGCUUCUCCUUUGCAUUGGCGGGCGUGUUUGGCAUCGACAUAUACGUCAUUAGCCUCCAGGACGCGGGUGUCAACGAAGAGGAUCUUGCCACUUUGUUCACUAAACUGCCUCGACGGUGCAUCGUUCUUCUUGAGGAUAUUGACACUGCAGGGCUGCGACGCGACCUCAGCUCGGAGAGCGAAAAUCCAACAGAGGGCAAGAAGGAUGAUGACAAGGACCAGAAAGACGGGAAGAAUAAGCACAAGAGUAAAGCCGAUGCCAGUGACAGUGAUUCGGACAGCGAAGUUGAGGUCAAACCCAAGAAGAGAGGAUUAAGGAAGAAAGAUACCGGCAGAAAAGCCCCCUUGGCUCUCGAUGGCAUUUCCUUAUCGGGCCUUCUCAACGCCAUCGACGGUGUUGCAUCCCAUGAAGGUCGCGUACUAAUCAUGACGACCAACAAACCAGAGGCUCUUGACGAGGCUCUGAUCCGCCCUGGCAGAGUGGACGUCCAGGUUAGGUUCAGCAACGCCAGCAGCACCCAGGCUGGGGAGUUGUUCCAUCGAAUGUAUGAGACCUCUCGCCAGGAUGAACCUAUCAAAGAAGCGAAUAAGGCGAUGGCAGACAGGUUGAACAAACAGCCAGCCGCGAAGUACGAAACCGAGGAGUUGGAUGGCAUCACUGCUGAAGAGAUGAAGACGAUUGCAGAGGAGUUUGGCCGCCGGAUCCCAGAAGGUGUUUUAUCACCUGCGGAAAUCCAGGGAUUCCUGCUCAAGCGCAAGAAGUGCCCGCGUCGAGCACUGGAGGAGGUAUCAGAAUGGGUUACAGCAACGUUGCGGCAGAAGGAAGCAAACCUGAAAGUCAUGACCGUGCAGUAA